AUGGGAAGUACACUGCAUAACUUCUUCACUGUUGUAAUGGUUGCAGAGUUUAUAUUUGGAAAUCUGAGCAAUGGAUUCAUAGUACUGACACACUUCAUUGACUGGGUCAGGAAAAGAACUCUUUCCUCCAUUGGCUGGAUCCUGCUUUUCUUGGCCAUUUCCAGAAUGGUUUUGAUCUUGGAAAUGUUACUAGCCUGGGUAAAAUAUCUGCAGUAUUCAUUUUCAUUUAUGGCCGGAACAGAAGUAAAGGUUAUUAUGUUGACCUGGGUAAUUUCCAAUCACUUCAGUCUCUGGCUUGCCACCAUCCUCAGCAUCUUUUAUUUGCUCAAAAUAGCCAGUUUCUCCAGGCCUGUUUUCCUCUAUCUGAAGUGGAGAGUAAAGCAAGUGCUUCUGACAAUCCUUCUGGGAAAUGCAAUCUUCUUGCUUUUCAACCUAAUACAAGUAAACAAACAUAUAGAAGAGUGGAUGUAUCAAUAUGAGAGAAACACAACCUGGAAUUCCAGAACGAGUGGUUUCAGAGGUUCAGAGCUAGUCUUACUCAAGAUGAUUAUGUUCUCUUUAACACCAUUCAUGGUGGCCCUGUUCUCCUUCAUCCUGCUAAUCGUCUCCUUGUGGAAACAUUGCCAGAAGAUGCAGCUAAAUUUCAGAGGAGAACAAGACCCCAGCACUAAAGCCCACAUGAAUGCCUUGAGAAUUAUGGUCUCCUUCCUCUUGCUCUAUGCCUCUUAUUUCAUAUCCUUUUUUAUAUCAUUGAUUCCUAUGACACACCAAAAAGGACUAGAUCAUAUGCUUAGCCUAACUAUUGGGCUUUUCUACCCUUCAGGCCACUCAUUUAUCUUGAUUCUGGGACAUGCUAACUUAAGGCAGGCCUGUCAUUUGGUGCUGAGGCAGCUGAGAUGUGGGCCAAAGCAUUAG